GAGUGGGGGCGGAACGAAGGAACGUAAGGACUGUGCGUGGAAAUGGGAAGUUCUUUUUGGAAAAGUGGUGGGCGGAGAAAAGACUCUGUGUGUGCCCGGGUCACGUGGCUUUCGUGGGCUGUCCGUAACCGCGUGGGCAGGAGCUCGAAGCGGUGUCUGAUCUGGUAUAGCGGUACACUUCCUGUCUGUAUCGUGCGUUUGAGGGAGCUGUAAAGUCCCUAGGUAAUUUGUGGUUAGUUCACAUGUCAUCGGAAGACGUGACCAUUACUGUUCGUCUGGUUCGCUCAUUUGAGCACCGUAAUUUCAGGCCUGUUGUGUACCAUGGCAUUAACCUGAAUCAGACGGUUAAGGAAUUUAUCGCCUUUGUGAAGAAUGAUGUGGCAUUAAGGUCAGGGCUUCCACCUCCUUUUAAAAAGUAUAGAUACGACACAAUGAAGAUUAUUCACCAGGCGCAUGGUUCUAAGACCAAUGAACUCGUUGUGAGUUUAGAUGAUGAUGACAAACUCAUUUUGGCAGAGGACAGCACCCUGAAAGCAGCUGGAGUAGCAAAUGAAACCGAGUUAGCAUUUUUCUGCAUCGAUGAUUACAGAAAAUAUAAAGCACAUCCUGUUACAGCCUGGUGAAGACUUUAAGAGAAGGAUAUAUUUUUGUGUGAGAGAUUUUUAAUUCUUUAAUUAUAAAGGUAUAUAUUAUAAAUCUUGUGACUAUUAAUUUACAAUAACCCAAGAAACAAAAGGGGUAGUAUAAAAGUGUAUUGAAUUGUCUUUCAUACAUUAUUAUCCUGAAUUCCUUCUAAAUUAAAAAAAAAAGGCAUGUCA